AUGAUAAAAUCUCAAGUUGGGAUAAUUAUUUUGAAAUCAGUUGCUUCUGUUGAUCCAAUGGCUUCCGAUUCGUCUGACAUACCUUCACUUAAGAACGUUGAAGUUGUUGCUGGAAAAGUGAAUCCACCGAAAGAUGUAUCAAAAUCGACAGUUGAUCCUAAUGAUUCCAAUUCGUCUGACAUACCUUCACCUGAGAACUUUGAAGAUGUUUGUGGAAAAGUCGAUCCACUAUCAGAUGUAUCACAAUCGACAUUUGAUCCUAAUGAUUCCAGUUCGUCUGACAUCUGUUCACCUAAGAAAUUUGGAGAUUUUGAUGGAAAAGUCAAUCCACAUUCAGAUGUAUCAAAAUCGACAUGUCUCUCUGAUUCUGUUAGUGUUGAAAUAAUCGACUUUAAUGUUUCACUUCAGUCCCUACAAAUCCCAGUUGGAGAGGGUCAUUUCGGAAGAGAUUUCUUUAAUUGCCAAAGAAGAGGAGAAGCUGUCAAAAAAAGAAAAAAGGAAGUUGGCGUGUAUGUUGGAAGUGGGAAGAAGUUGUAG